CAGUGUUGAACAGUGUUCGGUCGACACUCGGAGCGGUGUGUACCAUCGCUCAGAACGACUAUUAAAAAAAUUAAGAAAAAUAAAUCCGCGUCGGUUUUUCUAUAUCAUCUGUGCUCUAUUCAUUUUUUUUACACAAAAGUGAAGAAAUAUUUUAUCUACUUUCCUCGAUUAAGUGGAUUUUGUUUUAUAGAAACAACAAUGGCAACAUCCGUCCUACAGCCAGAAGAUUGCCGUCGUGAGCAUGAACCCAAACCCGACAUUGAUUCCCCACGGCUGACUGAAGAUGAACGCACAUAUAUCCUGGAAGGCAAAGAGAGGGAAACUGGGGAACUUCCACCAGAGCUAAGAGAGAAAGCCAGGAUCGAGCUGCGGGAGGAACCGGCGCUUCGAGAGCAGGCGUUGGCGCAGAUGAGACACUUCAUUGAAAAACAUCCAGCUAUCAGGAAAUGCCGAACUGAUGCACCUUUCCUUCUACGAUUCUUACGCACAAAGAAAUAUUCGAUACCGCAAGCUUGUUCUAUGCUGGAGCGGUAUUUAACGAUUCGUCAAAUGUAUCCCAAUUGGUUCCAAAAGCUCGACCCCUUGGACCCUAAGGUUGCAGCAGUUAUUGACGCAGGGUACUUGGUGCCUCUACCUAAAAGAGACGCUGAAGGAAGAAGAGUCGUACUGUCAUGUAUGGGUCGUUUCGACCCGCAUUUGUACGAUAGCUGCGUGAUGGCGCGCGUUCAUUCAAUGAUCGUGGAACUUCUCCUCGACGAGCCGCGUUCGCAGCUGCUCGGAUACAUGCACGUCAACGACGAGGCCGGCAUGCAGAUGCCGCACGUCAGCCUCUGGUCACUCACAGAUGUCCGCAUCAUGCUCAAUUGUAUACAAAAUUCUACUCCAAUGCGCCACAAAUGCACACAUUUUGUGAACAUCCCACAUUAUGGAGUAAGAUUUUUCGAAUUCGCUGUAUCCUUGCUGAGUGACAAAUUGAAGGAUCGUGUUAUGUUCCAUCGUACAUCGGAAGAUUUAACAAAACACGUGGAUCCAUCAAUCUUGCCCAAAGAAUACGGGGGUACUGUGCCUCUGAGGGACAUGGUAGAAGAACUCAAGAGGAACCUGCUUAAGCGUAGAGAGGAAUUGCUUGCUUUGGACGAAAUGUGCGUCGAUUUGUACGCUUUGGAGAAAAAUGAUCUAACCCAAGAUAUACAUUCGACCGCCGGAUCGUUCCGGAAAUUGGAACUCGAUUGAUUUUUUUUUGUAUGUGUGUUAUGUAAUACACACACAUAACAGAACAGAUGUGAUUUUUUAUAUAUACUAAGUAAUUCUCUUUAAUUAUAAUAAAAAAAAAACAAAACAGAGAUUUUGAUACAUUAGUAAAACUAUAUAAUAUUUUAGAAUUACUGGUUAGUUAUAAGCCUAAAAAAUUAAUAAAAUAGAUUUAAUUUUCUCACAAAAAAAGAAGUAAAUUUCAAAAGUCAAAAUGGAAAAUUUCCUUAAUUUGUAUAAAGAUGAUUUAUAUUGCACGAAACAUUCCUUAAUUUUACUUAGAGAUCUCAAGUUUUAUUAUCAUCAAUCAUUUUCUCUUGACAAUGCGUUUCAAAUGUUGCCAACGUAUAAAAUAAAUGACAUCUGUCAAAACAUGGCUACGACCAGCUACAGCAAUUAGUAGGUUAGCCAAUACGUCUGGUUUACUGGCAUAAUGUAUUUUAUAACCAAGAAGUAUUUUUACCCACAUAAAAAGCAAUUUGAAAGAUUAUGUUAAGCUCUUGACAGUAUGGCAUUAAAGAUCAUUUGCAUAACAUCGUUCAAAUGCAGGAAGGUUAUGGUUAAAUAUUUUCAUUUUAAGAAAAAUAUCCGUGGUUUUUUUUUAGUAACUAGUUAGCUAAAGGCAGCCGUCGGUGGAGUCACGUUACCAUUAAAUCUGGUUAAAAUCUUCAUUGUCCACUGACAGUGGUUAUAAUAAUAAUUUUACUUAGAAUAAUGUUAGGCAUUUAUCAAUUUGCCGACUUGACAACCUGACUGCUGCUUCAUUUGUGUCUAUAAUAUUAAUUCUUUUAUUUUAUAAGAUCUUUACUACUUAUGGGAAAAGCGCUGACUUCUGUUUUAAAUAAUAAAUGUUUUAUAAUUAGG